AUGGAUUUUCUAGAGGUCUACCAACGAGAUUCGGGGCAAGGGAUUAACACAGACAAGAGCUUCUACAUUCCUUCCGCUCGAUGUUCCACAGCACAGAAGCGUUUAAUAACCAGAUUAACGGGCUUCCGACAACAACAACUUCCGUUCACGUACCUCAGUUGUCGUCUCUACAAGGGUAGGGCCAAAAUGGAGUACUACCAACCCUUGAUCAACAUAAUGCAGCGCAAGUUUGCGGGUUGGAAGAACAGGAUGCUUUCUGUUGGGGGCCGCUUAAUCUUGAUCAAACACGUCCUGGCCGUUAUACCUCAAUACACUUUCGCAGUUCAGGAGCCCCCAAAAACCAUCAUACACCAAAUUCGACAGAUUAUGGCUCGACUUUUUUGGGGGGAAGCAGAGGGGCGUGAGAAAUGGCACUGGAAAAACUGGAAUGCACUUUGUCAUCCCACUGUACACAAUGGCCUUGGGCUUUAG